AUGGAUUACGAAGUUCCGCUGUUAGAUACACACCAGGCGAGCGGUGAUGACGAGCACGAGCAGCAACAGCAGCAAGAACUGCAGGCUCGCCAGCAGAGCUCAUCACCGUCCGAUCGAGAUUCUUCACGAGCAUCAACGGCGUACAGUCGUCCCGGGGACUCCUCCUCCGGCGCCGCAUUUGGCGGCGAUUGGCGCGGAAAGCUCGCGGCCGUCGGGCAGCGCGUGCGCGCAUCGAGCGCGGAGCUGGGGAAGCGCGUCACGGAGGCGGCGACAGCUGUCGGAAGCCGAUUGGAGGAACAGGUUUCCGUUGUCGGCGAGCGCGUCAAAGACCUAGUUCUGCCGACCACGCAGGCGGAUAUUUUAGUAGACCGCGCCACGGCGGAAGAGCUUCUCGCUCCCCAUUGGUCCACCGUCCUGCAAAUCUCCCACCUCCUCCAGAACGCCCAUGUUCCCGGCGGCGACGUCGCGCGGGCCAUGCGACGUCGCCUGGCGACGCGCGAUUCGCACGUGCAACUGCUCGCGCUGGCGGUCGCGGAGUCGAUAGUCGGAAGCGCGCCCCAGGUUCUGGGGGACAUUGCGCGGGAAGGCGUGUUAGGAGAUAUGGCGCGAAUGGCGGUGGAGCCUAAGACGCAGGCGCGCGUCAGAGAGACGGUUCUAAGACUGAUCGAGGCGUGGGCUGCGCCGAUGGAGGCGACGCGGUACUUCCCCGCUUUCGAAGAGACUUUUAGGCAAUGCGAUGCCCUUGCAGCCUUGAUGUGCUGCUAG